GAAAAGAAAGAGAAGUUGCUGUGAUGAACGCAAAAUAUGACCUUUUCUUUUCAAAAGUUUGUGCUGUCCCUCUUGUUUAGCACCAGUGCUGCUCACCCUCUCCCUUCAAGACGCUUCAGAGCUGUUAAGCAUCUAGGGGUGAUAAUUUGACUUUCAGCUAAGCCGGAGGGCUGCAGCAGACAGCAGUAGGUGGUGAUGUAAUAGGUACCAACGCACAUGGAUAUAUAAAUAUCGUGGCUAGGGCUAAAGCGCUAUGGCUGAGCAGCUAUAGAAGAAGAUCAGCACUUCAGACAAGACUCCUGGAGUUGAGAUCAAGUUCAGAAGCUCUUGCUCCCGGGAUUUCCUCUCCAUGCAGCCAGCCCAGGGAAACCACAGAUCCUUGGGGGACUGAGCACUAAGCUCCCUCCCUCCGUCUCCGCUUUGCUUUCUGGUUUUCUUUUUUCUCUUUUUUUUUUUUUUUCUUCUGUUUGGCUUUUUGUUGGUUUUAUUUUUUUCCUCCCCUUCUUUGACCUCAGCAUAAAGUGGGAGCUGGGUGGACAGCGUCUUUUCGGAGCGACCGGCGGCCGGCCCGUGGCUACCCGCCCCUAAGCCGGGAUGCCUCUCCCCGCGGCGCUGCUGCCGGCGCUGCUCCUGGGGCUGCUGUGGCCAGGGGCGGUGCGGGGCCGGUCGCCCCCGGGCCGCCUCCCGGCCGGGCCCCGCCAGCGCCGCUGGGACGCGGCUCUCUUCGCCCGCUCCGUCGCUCGCCUCCCGGCUGAGCGCCGCGACGCCGCCCGCGACGGCGACUACCUCCUGGGCAUCAAGCGGCUGCGGCGCCUCUACUGCAACGUGGGCAUCGGCUUCCACAUCCAGGUCCUGCCCGACGGCCGCAUCGACGGCAUCCACAGCGAGAACCGAUACAGUCUGCUGGAAAUUUCUCCUGUGGAAAGAGGCGUGGUGAGCAUAUUUGGUGUCAGAAGUGGACUCUUUGUGGCCAUGAACAGCAAAGGCAAACUCUAUGGAUCUGCCCAUUUCAAUGAUGAGUGCAAAUUCAAAGAGAUUCUCCUGCCAAACAACUACAAUGCUUACGAAUCCAGGAUUUAUCCCGGGAUGUACAUAGCCCUGAGCAAAAAUGGAAGAACAAAGAAAGGCAAUAAAGUAUCUCCCACAAUGACAGUGACACAUUUUCUUCCUAGAAUCUGAGACAUCUCCCUUCAGACCUACCUCAGCACAAGGGAAGAUGCAGAACACCUUUGGGGAAAAGAAACAUGGUGCACUUUUACUGGAGAGUUUUAUGCAAGAGCAGGUGUAAGAUAUUUAAGUUAAUUAUUUAAGUCUGUAUAUAUUGUCACAAAAUUUAUUUAUAGUUACUUUUUUUUUUUUUUUAAUUUCUGAGAACAAAACAAACCUCCAACCCAAGCUCUUUCAUUUCAUGGUGCAACAGUAGGAGUCUUCUGCUUCGUGGUUUAUCUAAUUCAGAGUUACCACAGGUGUGCUGCUACCCCAUGUCCUAAGCCAGGUGACAUCCAGCUCCUGUCUCCCAACGUUUUGCACUGUUUGUGUGUUGCUCGGUGUCUGUUGUUGUACGGUGUCAGUUUGUUUGUUUGUUAUUUUGUUUGUUUGUUUGGGUUUAUGGUGGCUUGGUCCCCCCUGCGCGUUCCCCGAAGCGCCGCCGGCUGCCAGCGCGGCUCCUGGCCCGGGAGCAGGGGGUGCCUGGCUGGGAUGCCAGCCUGGAGCCGCACACACCAUGCCUGAUCCCCUUUGCUAUUUCCCUGCCACGGGAUCGGUUUCCCCGGCACGGGAGCGCGGAGCGGCACGGCCACCCCGCAGAUCUGUUUUUAGAGCUGCCAGCGCUGAGCUGCCCUGCAGCCCAUCUCCUGUGAAGGGAGGAGAAACACCUCUGUGGGCUCUUCAGAUGGGGUUUGCUCUUCAGAUCAACCGUGGCCCUUAGUGGGAGCUUUUAUUAGGUACAAUUGCUUGGCAUGAGGCUAAAAAAUAACGUGUCUGUCCGUCCCCCAGCAAACGCUACAGUGAACCAGCUCUGCUCCACUCAAAUCAAAUUCCCCUUCUCACUUGGAGACUCCAUUCAUUUCUCAAAGUGUGGGGAGCUCUACAACGCUCCUAAGUUCUCCACAGGGGAAAAGCAUCUGCUGGUUUGUAGCAAACACAAGCUCCACGGAAAGAAUUUAGAUUGAUGAUGAGGAAUUCAGGUUGAUUUGUACUAUUUAUUAUUUUUGCUGCAGUAUUUGGAAGGAGAAAUAUGCUGCUUUUCUUUUUUUUUUUUUUUUUUUUUUCUGUCUCAUUCCCUGACGAAGCUGAUUAAUUUCUACCUCACUAACUCUCAAAGCCAGUCUCCUAACAAAUUCUGCACGGGAGGAAGGUACCUGCCUUCCUGCUUGGGCUUAAAGCUCUGGAGGAGGGCCUGGGGGAACAACCGUAAUCCCAAAUCUCUCUUUUUUCCAUAUGUAGCCAAAAGUAUUCAGGAUAGAGUCGGUUGCAUCCUAUUUGAGCCUUGUCACGUUUGGGCUAUCUUUACCCAGUGGUUUACUUUUAGUAAGGGUGAUCAUGGUGAAAAUAUUCGCAGGCAGCUGUCAGGCUGCAGUACUAUAUCGUCAUCAAGUAACCCUAUAUUUUUCCUUAUAUAUUUUGCAAGUGUAACUCAUGUCUCUAACGUGAUAAAGGAAGAGAUAGGUUUGAUUAUGGGGGAAUCGCUAAAAGGAUUCAUGUGCUUUUUUUUUUCCUUUUUCCCUUUUUAAAAUUUUUUUUUAAAGGUACUUCAUCUUUGGGGCAUCAAUAUGUUAACUGGGAACCAGGACUAACCACAAUGUUUGAUGACUUAGAGGACGUUUACAGACCAUCUUCCAAUCUAAACUAUUUAUUUCCCACUACACACAAAUCUUUGAUUCAGCUCUCUUUUUUUCUUUUCCUCUUUACAUUCCUACACAAAAGCCUUUGCUCCUUUGUAAUGGUUUAGACCUGCCUGUAUCCUCUACUUACACAUGAUCUUGAAGAGAAACUCUACUCACCAAAGUUCAGUAAGAUCACAGCAGACCAGGACCAGACCUUAAGGCAGCUGCCCUCAUAGCAAAAAUAAUUAGGGAAAAGGAAAUGUCACACCUAAGGAUUUUAAUUUUUUUUUCUCUAAAAUUGGGAAUUUUCUGUGUUUUCUGUAUGUGAGUAAUCGUUGUGUAUUUAUCACCACUACCUCUGACAACUGAUGAUUUUGUUCCAGAUUUCAGAUAGCAAAAUCAGACCACAAAGGUCUCUCUCUGGGAGUGGCUCUUCUUUGCCACUUUUCACUUCAUUAAAUCCACAACCAACCGCCUCACACAAGAUACGUUCGGAGGUAGUUGUUGUAACUUUUAAAUAUUGUGAUGCAACCUUGAUAACAAUGUUACAUGGUAUGAGCUUUCACCAUUUACCAGAAUCUGUCUGUAGUUUUAUACAGGUGCUGUUCAAGACUGUGGUGUAUGUGCUGUGCACACUUAAAUGCAUAAUAAAUGAUAAACGUUUACAAUGCAUGACACCCUGGUGUUGAUUUUUUUAAACUCUUUAUAACAGAAUGCAUCCUGCAAGGAAAGGAAGGGGGGAAAAAAAUGCUAUUUCACUUUCCCAAAGCCUGGGGAGCCUUUGCACUUUUGCCAGCUACUCCAGGACUGACAGCCUGGAUUUCUUACUCAGCUAAAGUUCCCUCUGCCAAAGCUGGAAGUGGUCCAGGAAAGCCCAGCUCCAGCUCGGUAACAGAUACUCACCCUUGCAUCUGCCACAUGCUGCUGCUCUCACUGGUGUUCUUUCCCCGGUUAUUAACAAUGGCAGCAUCCAAAAUUAAUGCUCAGGCACAGAAACCAGCUGCAGGGUUU